AUGACGAUGAAAGGCAAGGUAAUCGCCAUCACGGGAGGUGCAUCAGGGAUUGGUCUUGCUACAGCCAAGCUUCUCAGUUCACGUGGUGCCAUCGUCUGCAUUGGCGAUAUAUCCAAUGAAUCUCUCGAAACUGUCAUGGAGGGUGGUUUUGUCACACAAGUCAAGGGCUCGAUAGUCGAUGUGUCAAAUCGUAAAUCAGUUGAAAGCUGGAUUGACGAGAUUGUGAGUGAAUUUGGGAAACUGGAUGGUGCUGCCAAUUGUGCGGGGGUUAUUGGUAAACAUCAUGGUGUGAUGAAGAUCCAAGAUCUAGAAGACGAGGAAUGGGACAAAAUCAUUGCGGUUAAUUUAACCGGCAUGAUGUACUCUCUGAGAGCUGAGCUAUCAAAAAUUGAAAAUGGUGGAAGUAUUGUCAAUGUAUCUUCCAUUGCUGGAACGCACGGAUUUGCGAAAAUAGGACCCUAUGUCGCUAGCAAACAUGGAGUUAUUGGGCUUACCCGUACUGCCGCAAUAGAAGUCGGUGAUAGAAAUGUACGAGUAAAUGCUUUAGCUCCUGGUCCAAUUGAUACACCAAUGAUGGGGCACGCUCGAGAGACUCAUGUAAAGGAGGGGGAGUAUGAUUCUAUUGUCUUGAGAAGACUCGGUACUGCAGAGGAAAUGGCUUCAAUCAUUGCCUUCUUGUUGAGUGAGGAAAGUUCCUAUGUUACAGGAGCAGUUUAUCACGGAGCUGGUGGGAUGAGUGCUUGA